AUGCCUCCCAAUCAGAAAUAUGAUCCAGACUUAAUGCUAGAUAUGAUGCUUUCCCUUAUAGAGGAUCUCAGCAUAGAUGGGAAUCCAAAAUCAUUAUUAAUGCCACUCUUUCCUGAAGUAUAUCUUACGCAUCUUGCGGAUUCGAUUAAACAGUUAUACUCAACGGAACAAACUUUACUCACUAUACAGCCUCCUAUAAUGAUUGUAGGUGAUCUUCAUGGUAAUUUUUUUGAUCUUCUAAGAAUUAUCAAGAAUCAAGGCGCCCCUCCUUUUACCAGAUACUUGUUCCUAGGAGACAUUGUUGAUCGUGGAGAGUUCUCCUUAGAAACGCUGACAUUAAUAUAUUUGAUGAAACUAAAAUAUCCAAAUGAUAUAUUUAUUAUUAGAGGAAAUCAUGAAGCGUCAAAUAUUUGUAGCAGGUACGGAUUCAAAAACGAAAUUCAAAAGAAAUAUAAUUCUCAGGCAUUAUUUGAAAAAUUUAUAGAGGUAUUUGAUUAUACUCCAAUGGGUGCACUCAUAAACUCCUCUAUUCUCUGCGUUCAUGGCGGAAUUGGACCGCAAUUUACUUCUCUGAAACAAAUUUCAAAUAUCAAGAGACCUUUUUCAAGAGUUCACAAGAAUUCUGUUGCAAUGGAUCUCCUAUGGUCCGAUCCGUUUCAAGAAGCUACUCAAUAUGAAAAAAAUCUGAGAGGUUUUGGUAAUCUUUUCGGAAAAAAGCACCUUAUAGACUUUGAAACAGAAAAUAAAUUAUCUCUCGUAAUAAGAGGUCAUGAACUUGCCACUCAUGGAAUUAAUUACUCAUUUGAUGGAAAGAUUGUCACAGUAUUUAGCUCAUCUAAUUACUGCCGAGCAUCAAAUGAUUGCGGUGUUCUUUUUAUUUCAGAUAAUGGCAAUAUUGAAGCAUUUACUUUCAAGAGUUUGGCUAAUAAGAUUUCUUCUACAGAGAUCGACUUUGUUGAUGUCACAACCCUAGAUAUGUCAUCUAAUUUGUUCAAACUUACAGAUUCGAGCGUACUCAGGCAUAACGAUUCUGAUUUUCAAUUUUCAAUUCCAAACCAGUUCAUUAGAUGCAAGCAUGCCAAAGCCAGAGCUAAGAAACUGAAGAAGUUUGUUGAAGAUGAGCACUCAGAAAAGCCGAAUCUUUCUAAAAAGCAUCAAAUCAAAGAACAUAACCAGAAAGUGAAUGAACAAUCGCCGAAGAUAUACCAUUUCAGCUCACCAGAUGGAAUAUCUGAUGAUGAAUCGGUAUGCAUUAAGAUGAAACCUCGUAAGAUUUCAACAAAGAAGAAAAAGAUUUUUAAGAAGUUAAGAUCUGGAAGCUGUGUUUCUGUUAGGAAGAUUCGUCCUAGGAGGAACUUAAGUCCCUUAUCAAAGAGAGUCAACAAAAUGUUGCAAAACUUUUGA